AGCGAUGACAUGCUCCAGGUAGGUGGAUGGGGUGAUGAAAGCGGACAUUGUGCUGUUUCCACCCGCGGACACACAUGAGAUCUCGUCGAUGUCCGUUCACAUACAACUCACCUCCCCCCGUCACCAUAUCCUCAACUUCACUUCGACAGACUAUUCAACCACAUAACAGACUACUACCAAGUAAAACGUAUACCAUCAGAUCACAUAAAACUAUCCAGCAAACAUGGGUCGAAUGGCAGAGAUGCAGCGAAAGCUGCUCGAAGUGAGUUCAAGCGGACACGUCCAGUAUCGUCCCGCUAGCGUCUACCUCUACUCACAAUCUCCCGUACUCGUCUGCCUGUAUCAUCACUAUCAUAACUUACUCUUCGUCUCCGGGACUGCAGCAAAUGAUGGGUCCCGAGGCUAUGGGAGUUCAACCGAUCAAUGUCGAUUGGUGGGAUCCGAAAGUCUGCAAGAAUUUCAUCUGCGGGACGUGUCCUCACGACAUUUUCGGUAACACCAAAAUGGACCUCGGUCCCUGUCCCCGACUGCACAGCGAAAAGGUAGCCAAAUCCUACAAAGAAGCCAAGCUCGCGGACCCCCUCGACCCCCGUUUCGCAGCCUUUGAACAGGAAUACCAGAACAGCAUCUACAACUUCAUCGACGACUGUGAUCGCAAGAUCCGAAUCUCGCAGAAGAGGUUGGAAAAGACUCCCGAGGAGAACAAGCGGACGGUGGACCUGAUGAAGGAAGUCGGAGAGAUCGAGCUCGCCAUCCAGGGAAGCACGGACGAGGUGGAAGCGUUGGGAGAGGCCGGGAAGAUCGAAGAAUCGAUGGCCAAGCUCGAAGCGGUCGAAGCUCUCAAGCAGGAAAAGACGGACAAGGAGCGAGAGUUGCAGAGGUUGACCGAGACGGGAGGAGCGUCGGGACACCAGAAAUUGAGGGUGUGCGAGACGUGUGGUGCUUAUCUGUCCGUCCUGGAUUCCGAUCGAAGGUUGGCCGAUCAUUUCGGUGGAAAGAUGCACUUGGGUUACCACGAACUCCGAAAACUCAUCGACCAGUUCAACGAGCAACGUCGUCAAGGUCAAGCCGCCCGGUACGGACCUCCUCCUAUCGCCCCCGGCCCCGGAGGACCACCUCCUCCCAGCCACAACAAUCUCGCCCCGCCUUCCGGACCGUCCGGUCCUCGAGGCUACGAUCAACAACCGCAUACCCCCACGCCGCAUUCUCACGGAUCAGCUAGCGCUGUCAAGGCCGAGUUGCCCUACGAUGGAGACUCGAUCGUACCUGGCCACGGGGACAAGAGGAAACGAGAGGCUCACGAAUUGUCGGAUGCUAUCCGGGAGAACGAAGAGAGGGACAGGAAGCGACACCGAUCGAGGGAGAGGAGCGAGCGGGACAGGUACGAGUCCCGUGGGAGCGACCGUGGUGGUGGUGACGAUCGAUACGACCGAGAGAGGCGUCAUCGUGAUCGAAGCCGUGAGAGGAGCCGACGAGAUGAUGAUCGGGAUUACCGUCGUUCGGACCGUGAUCGAGAGAGGGACAGGGAGAGGGAGUCCAAGAGGGACAGGUAGAGCCAUCAUCAAUAGUUUGUACUCUUCUUCUCGUCUGCGUGUUUUGUGUACAUAGUCUCUUCUUCACAUCGUACCCCGACGUUUACGGUCGGACGGUGGUAUUUGACAUGCGUGAUGAAUCGAUACAAAGUGUUGGCAGGGUUACCGAAUCCUCGAGGGCAGUGUAGAUUAGAGACAUGAAAGUCCCUCGGAGUUAGAAUAUGGGAGAUCAGGUGUGGUAGGUAGUAUGAGUCGUGUCGUUAGAGCUGCGCUUCGCAGAUUUCACAGAUCAGAAAUCCGGGCUGGUUGAUAAAAGUGCAUGCAGGACAUG